ACGGCCCAGAGAACUCAUGCCAGUGGAGCUUACGGCUUCCUUGAUCGGACUUCACAUUCAGAUAUCAAAGCUGACUGCAGUGGCUGUGUGGAAAUAGAGGGCGGAAAAGUUCCAAGACAACAGAUGAGUUGUGACAGAGAGCAGCUAAGGGGUAACCAGGACGCCGCCGCAGCCCCGGACACCAUGGCCCAGCCUUACGCUUCCGCCCAGUUCGCGCCCCCCCAGAACGGCAUCCCCGCGGAGUACACGGCCCCGCACCCACACCCCGCCCCAGAGUACACAGGCCAGAGCACCGUCCCCGAGCACACGUUAAACCUGUACCCUCCCGCCCAGACGCACUCGGAGCAGAGCGCAGACACCAGCGCGCAGGCCGUCUCCGGCACCGCCACACAGACAGAUGAUGCCGUGCCCACGGAUGGGCAGCCCCAGACCCAGCCUUCCGAAAACACGGAAAACAAGUCCCAGCCCAAGAGGCUGCAUGUCUCAAACAUCCCCUUCCGGUUCCGGGAUCCGGACCUUCGACAAAUGUUUGGCCAAUUUGGUAAAAUCUUAGAUGUUGAAAUUAUUUUUAAUGAGCGAGGCUCCAAGAUCAAAGAGUUUAAGGGAUUUGGUUUCGUAACUUUCGAGACUAGCACGGAUGCCGACAGGGCGAGGGAGAGAUUACACGGCACCGUGGUUGAGGGCCGUAAAAUCGAGGUAAAUAAUGCCACAGCUCGUGUCAUGACAAAUAAAAAGACCGUCAACCCUUAUACAAAUGGCUGGAAAUUGAAUCCAGUUGUGGGUGCCGUCUACAGUCCCGAAUUCUAUGCAGGCACGGUGCUGUUGUGCCAGGCCAAUCAGGAGGGAUCCUCCGUGUACAGCGGCCCCAGUUCACUUGUAUACACUUCUGCAAUGCCUGGCUUUCCGUAUCCAGCGGCCACCGCCGCGGCAGCCUACAGAGGCGCGCACCUGCGUGGCCGCGGACGCACCGUCUACAACACCUUCCGGGCCGCCGCGCCUCCACCCCCCAUCCCGGCCUAUGGAGGUGUUGUUUACCAGGAUGGAUUUUAUGGUGCAGAUAUUUAUGUAAGUAUUCCUGAAUGUGCAUGCCACCUUUGUUUCUUCCUGGAGUCAUCCUUGUGACAAGU